AUGAGUGGUAAUUUUAAAGGAGUACAGUCUGUUAUAAGAGAAGUACAUCCCGCUGCACUUUAUGUCCACUGUAGUGCACAUUCGUUAAAUUUAGCACUUGCUCAUUCGUCAAACAUUCACCAUAUUCGAAAUUGUAUUGGAACAAUAAAAUCUGUAGGAAAUUUUAUUAAAAUGUCGGCCAAACGAACUGAAUUAUUAAAAAAUAAAAUAAAAGAAUUUCUUCCUGAAACUAAAUGGACAAAAUUAACUUCCAUGUGUGAGACUAGGUGGGUUGAAAAUCAUGAUGGUAUGCUUAGAUUUUCAGAAAUAUAUAAAUCUAUUGUUGCAACAUUAGAAGAACUACAAUUAUUUGUUGACAUUGAAACAUCAUCUAAAGCUUUACAGUUAUAUAAGUGUGUAACAACUAGUGAAUUUAUAAUAAGUAUGAUAACUGCGACCACACUUUUUUCUAUAACUUUGCCAUUAUGUAAAAUAUUGCAGUCGGUGAAAUGUGAUUUGAGUGAAGCAGUAGAUCAUGUUGAAACUGUUUUAAGUGAAGUGAAAGAUAUGCGAACAAAUAUUAAUGAAAAUUUCAAAAAAAUAUUCAAUAAAUCAGAACAAUUGUUCAUAUCCGUGAACGAGGAAGAAAAAAUAAAAAUACCAAGGUUAGUAAGUCGUUCAACAACUAGAAUAAAUGUGGAUACCAAAAUUCCUGAAGACUAUUUUCGUAUUGCAAUUGCAAUUCCAUUCUAUGAUGAUUUUAUUAGUCAACUUAAAGAACGGUUUUCCAAACACAAGACGAUUUUAUCGUCUUUGUAUUUAUUAAUACCAAAAAUGUGUUUGAAAUCUCCAAUUUUAGAAUCAGAUUUUAGUAUAUAUUCAGAUUUUAUAAAUGUUGACACAUUACCUUCAGAACUAAAAUUGUGGAAAAUAAAAUGGAUUGCUUUCAAAGAUGUAGAUCGUCCACAUACAGCUGUAGAAGCACUAAAUUAUUGUAAUCCUGAACUUUUUCCAAAUAUUCAUUUUUUAUUAAAAGUACUAGCUACAUUACCGGUUUCUACAGCAACUCCCGAACGAACUUUUUCGACAUUAAAACGCGUCAAGACAUUUUUACGGAACUCUACGGGACAAGAAAGACUAACUGGACUAGCUCUAUUAAGUGUCCAUAGAGAUGUUACAGUUAAUCCCGAUGAAGUGUUAAACCAGUUUGCUCUUCAAAAAGAUAGGAACAUAUUAUUAGUUUAA